AUGGAAAAGAGAUAGAAAUGCAUAUAUAUUUGAAAAUUUCGUUUUACCAUAUUACGAAAAGAAUAUUUUACCAAAAUAUUCUUAUAAAGAACCAUUCACAAGAAAAGAACUUAUUGACGAACUUUCUUUUUGGAAUAUUGACAUAGAAACAUUUAAUAUUGAAAUUUGCGUUCCAAUAUUGGCUAAUAAAAUUGAAACAUUAUUUUAUAUUUUACAAGAUAUAGAAAAAAAAAUAACUCUAUUUAUUAAUAAGUUCAAUUAUUACUUCUGGAUUGAUGGUGUAAGUGAGUGGGCAGCUGAUGGAGGACAUCAUUGGAGGACUAAUUUAUUUAAACCAUCUGAAUAUGAUGGACUUAUAUUUAAUAUAAUGGAAUAUUAUGGUGAUAAAAUAUGUAAAAAAAUCGAAAAUAUUUUUAAAGAUUUAGAUUGUGAAGUUAAAUUAAGUAGAGAAUAUAGAAUUAAAACUUCUUCUUCAUCUUUUAAGACUGCAUGUUUUAUUUUAAGUAUAAAAAUUAACCGUGAUAUUUUAAAAUCCGAAGUUAUAAAAAAACUUGGAUCUGAUUAUCUUUAG